AUGGACAGCGCGCGCGGGCCCGCCCCGCGGACAGGCAGCUGGGACGCAGCGGGCUUCCUGAGGGUCUGGCGGAGCCUGGACCCCCAAGGGCGAGGUUACCUAGACGACAAGGAGCUGGAUGCUUUCUGUCGCCAGAUGUUGACGACGCUGGGCACGGACGAGGCGGUCAUGGACGAAAACGUGCAGAAGGUGAAACAGCAGCUUGUGGCUGCCCACGACCUCCCUCAGGAUGGCCCCGUCCGGAUGGACCAGCUGGCCCGCGUGUUCUUGUCGGAGGAUGAGAACUUCCUUCUGCUCUUCCGCCAGGAAAGCCCCCUGGACAGCAGCGUGGAGUUCAUGCAGAUUUGGCGCAAAUACGACGCGGACCGCAGCGGCUUCAUUUCGGCGGCGGAGCUGCAGAACUUCCUGCGCGACCUCCUCCUCCGCCGGCGGAGGCCGGUCUCCGAGGCGAAGCUGGAGGAAUACGCGGGCGCCAUGAUGAAGGUCUUUGACAGAAACCAGGACGGCCGGUUGGAUCUCAGUGACCUGGCCAGGAUCCUGGCUCUUCAGGAAAACUUCCUUCUCCAGUUUAAAAUGGACGCCUGCUCCACUGAAGAGCGGAAGCGGGACUUCGAGAAGAUCUUCGCCCACUACGACGUGAGUGAAACCGGAGCCCUGGAAGGCCCCGAGGUGGACGGGUUUGUGAAGGACAUGAUGGAGCUUGUGCAGCCCAGCGUCCGCGGCGUCGACCUGGAGAGGUUCCGGGAGAGCCUUCUGCGUCACUGCGACGCCAACGGGGACGGGAAGAUCCAGAAGUCGGAGCUGGCUCUGUGUCUCGGGCUGAGGAGCAGCCCCUGA